AUGCUAAUAAUACCUCUGCUGGUGUUGCUGAGCCUGUUGGAUUCUGUCAGUCCCCGGGCCCGCUGCGCCCCGGGCCAGGCUUGCGACCCCCGGCAGCGGAGGGACGCUGGGGGCCGCGGAGGAGUGUAUGAACACCUCGGAGGAGCGCCGAGACGCAGAAAACUCUACUGCGCUACUAAAUAUCAUUUACAAAUCCAUUCUAAUGGGAAAAUAGAUGGAUCAUUGGAGGAAAACAACCCGUUUAGCAUCAUGGAAAUCACAGCAGUGGAUGUGGGUGUUGUGGCCAUAAAAGGGCUUUUCUCUGGCAGAUAUCUGGCCAUGAAUGAUAAAGGCCGGCUGUAUGCCUCGGAAGUGUUCAACAGAGAGUGUGAGUUUGUGGAGCGGAUCCAUGAGCUGGGGUACAACACCUACGCGUCCCGCCACCACUCCACCGAGCAGCCGCUGCCACCAGGGGGCACCAGCAGCAGCAAGCGACGAGCCAGCGCCAAGCGCCAGUGGUACGUUUCCAUUAACGGCAAAGGCAGGCCGCGGAGAGGCUUUAAGACCCGAAGCACGGACAAAGCCUCACUUUUCCUUCCUCGGGUGCUGGGCAACAAGGACCAUGAGAUGGUGAGGCGGCUGAGAGACACUCAGAGUGCACACCACCACGCACAUAACCAUGGCAGCCGCGCUGACCGCCGGAGACGCCGGCAUCGUGCCAGGAAAGGCCGGGGCCGACAGCCAGAUGACUGAGCAGGCCUUUAGAGGAGGGAGCUGACCCCUUGGCCCUAUGACUCCUCCAGACAUGGACCUCUGAUCUCAGCACAUACUGUAGCUUGAUUGCAACGGAGGACGUGGAAAAACUGUUUGGAUCCUGCUUUCUGGUUCAGAAGAAGAUUUUGUUGUUGAUGCAGAGAGAAAAGAAAAUCUGUAGAAGGAGAAGGAAAUACAGAGGGCCACCCCUGU